GUUCUACACUCCAUCAGGACGGGGCAGAGGUGUGUAUCCCUGAGACGGUCAAGUUUUUUUUCCUAAGAACGAACAGCCUCCCUCCACAAAAGCCCUCCCACUUUCUGCCCCAAAGAAGAAAUGUUUAAAAAUCUUUACUCUUCGAGACACUUUCUUUUCUCUCUCUCUCUCUCUCUUUUUUGUUAAAGCCAGCCAAAUUCCAUUUCCACCCAGUGACAUCUGAUCAAAUGAAGACAAAUCUAAAUAGGGAAAGCUGUUAGCAAAAGUUGGAGAAGGAAAACUUGCCUCUGCAAUCAUCCCAAGUUUAUUCACUUUCCCCCCCUCCCUUCAUUAUUCACUAUUCCUCUUCCUUUUUCUUCUUCUUCUUCUUGGAAUGGAUUUAUCAGCCACGGAAGGAGAACGCCACCUUUUGAAACUUUAAUUCUUAGACCUCAGGGAAGAGCUGGAUUUUCUCUCCUUUCUCCCCCCUUCCCACAAACCAGUCGACGGAAUGGGCUUAUUGUACGGAUAAUUAGAAAACACCCUUUUUAAAAAAAGAAGAAAGAAAGAAGACCAGAUAGCAACGGAGAACUCGAAGUUUUAUUAUUCAUGAUAUUAUGACGACUGUGACCUGAGAUUUUUUAUCAUCCUGUCGGUUUCCUGGUGUGCAACGAGAUAAGGGGAUCAUGGCAAAUUGGCUGGUGAAACUUUCUUAUCUCUUUUUGUGGAUUUUAUUUCAGGUUUACAGGACUCACACUUGGCUACAAAAACAUCCUGGCUUCCGUGUUCUCGCUCAAGCGUCGCAGUAUUGGCCUCUGGAGACUGUAGAAGGAAUCCACGAAUUAAAGGACACCGAUGGAGUGCUCAGAUCCCACAGCUUCACUGUGCUUCAUUACCAUAAUUCUACUUUUGUUUAUACCAAUGAUUCUGCCUACUCUAACUUCUCCGCAACCGUAGAUAUCGUAGAAGGCAUUGUAAACAAAGGUAUCUAUAUCCCAAGCGUCAAGGGAGCCACCUUCCUCCUUUUCGGCAAUUAUCAAAACUCCUGCAUUAUUAACCAAGACUUCUGUGAGCCUGAAGGUGUGACUUUUUCCUUCUUCUGGAAGACCCAAGGGCAUCAGCUGAAGCCAGUCCCGGUAUACGGGGAUCAGGUGCUUUCUAACAGAUUUAAAGUCUUCUUCGGCGAACACAAAGGCUCCGUGGAACUCUUCAAUCACCACACGUCCAAGAAAUGGGCAGCCAGUUUCAUUUUGCCAGGUCCCCAUUGGACUCAUAUCCUGUUUACCUGGAAAUCUAAAGAGGGCCUGAAAGUCUACAUCAACGGGACUUUGAACAACGUUGAUCCCCGUGGGGAAGAUUUCUACAACUAUGGGGACUCUAAUUCCAACUUGUUGAUGGGCUCCGAAGGCCGUCAAAGGAAACGGUUCAUCCAUGGUGUCUUUGACGAAUUCAUCAUAUGGGAAAGAGUGCUCACCGCCAACGAGAUCAAGCAGUAUUUCACAGCUGCUAUUGGUGACCAAGCAGUGCUUGCUUCAACAUCUCCGUGGGGAUGGCAAACAACAGCAACCCUUCCCGUGCUUUCCAUAAAUGCCUACCAAUCCAUCAUAACUAAUCUCACAGAGGGAAAACAUAUUGUCCAGGACCCAUAUGUCACGUUGGACUAUCUGAAAAACAUUUCAAACGCCAUGCCUAAUGAAUCUCUCACAGCAAAUACGGCCUACAAUCUUACUGAGGUUUUCUUCAAAGUGGUAGAAAGAGUUCUCAAGAUAGCUGCUUGGAUCAGCAUGAACCACACCGCAUCCCUCGCCGGAGGGCUGGUGUCCACCAUCGACAGUGUGACAUUUCACGUCGCACGCAAUCUAGGAGAAAGCCCUUCGACCAUCACAGUCCAAGGCACUUCACCUGUCGCAGAUUAUUCCCUGGUUAAAAUGCCUCCUCAGCUCCCGAAUGUGCCUCAAUAUCGCUUUCCAUUACAAGGACAGAGUUAUAUUUCUAUACCCAGAGAAGCUUUCCAAUAUUCAGCCUGGAUUACAAUUGUGGGUCUCUUCUAUCAUUCUAUGCAUCAGUACUUCCAUAGCAUCAAACCACUGGACACCAAGGUGAAGGAAGACUCUACCUGCAAGGAGUGUAUGAUGUUUGCUAGUAGCUACCUUAUCUCCCACAUGGAGCCACCACCAACUCUGUCUCACAAUCUGUCAAGCUCUCCCCUCAUCACCAUCCAUAUGAAGCAUCAACUGACUCCCCUCCAGUAUAGUCAAGCCACAAACCGAAGUAAUCAAGUGAGACUCUAUUGUGCUUUUCUGGAUUACAGAAACGGAAGCGGUGUUUGGUCCAACAAAGGCUGUGUGCGCGAUGGGGGUGACCUCAAUUAUUCCAUCUGCUUGUGCAACCAUCUCACCAGUUUCGCCAUUUUGAUGCAAGUGGUGCCACUAACGCUAACAAAUGGACACAAGGUGGCAUUGUCUUCUAUCAGUUACGUAGGAUGCUCUAUUUCCAUUUUCUGCUUGACUAUCACCCUGGUCACGUUUGCAAUUCUGUCCUCUGUCAGUACCAUCCGCAACCAGCGUUACCACAUCCAUGCCAAUCUUUCAUUUGCUGUUUUGGUGGCUCAGAUCUUGCUCCUGAUCAGCUUCCAGUUUGACCCUGGGACGGUGCCCUGCAAAAUCCUAGCCAUCCUCCUUCACUUCUUCUUCUUGAGCACCUUUGCUUGGAUGCUGGUGGAAGGGUUCCACCUCUACAGUAUGGUGAUCAAAGUCUUUGGAUCCGAAGAGAACAAGCUCUUAUACUACUAUGGCAUUGGAUGGGGCUGCCCAUUCCUGAUCUGUGUCAUUUCUGCAACGACCUCUGUGGAAAGCUAUGGAGAAGUCAACAACUGUUGGCUAUCAUUGGAGAGCGGUGCCAUUUGGGCUUUUGUGGGCCCAGCUCUGUUCAUCAUUGUGGUUAAUAUCUGCAUCCUUAUUGCCGUGACCAGAGUAAUUUCAAGAAUAAGUACCGAAAAUUAUAAAGUCCACGGAGAAGCUAAUGCAUUCAAAUUGACAGCUAAAGCGGUUGCUGUUCUCCUACCCAUCUUAGGAAGUUCAUGGAUCUUUGGGGUCCUGGCAGUGAAUGAACGAGCUUUGGUGUUCCAGUAUUUGUUUGCAAUAUUUAACUCAUUACAGGGUUUUUUCAUCUUUCUGUUCCAUUGCCUCCUGAACUCAGAGGUCAGAGCCGCCUUUAAGCACAAAACGAAGGUGUGGUCGCUGACCAGCAGUUCCAUCCGCAACGUCAAUGUGAAACCUUUCAAUUCUGACAUUAUAACUGUGACCAGGCCUGCAACCACGGCAACCAAACUCAACACUAAUGACAAAAGCAGUGAUUCUGGCAACAAGAUGGAUCUUUCCGCUGUCUGACAUUGACCCUUGUUGACUCUUCCUUCCGAUACCCAAGCAAGCCACGGUCCUCAGGAUCUUUGAUUCAUCGCCUGACUACCUAUUACUCUCUGAGAAUUCACUCCUCUUGACUUCCUUCCUGCUAAAUUGAGGAGGGGGCAGAACUGCCCAUUGGACUGAAUCCAUACUUCCAGCUUUUUCUCCUCUGGGCUGGGAGGACUAGUUACGGAAUAGGCAAGGGACAUUUUACACUGGAUGGUCCUCUAAGCACUGGCAGAGAUGAAGCUGAGGAAUAUUUGUGGGAAAGAGAACUCCAGGAGGAUCUCUGGAUCCGCAAAGCUACAUUUUCUCAUGACCCUAACAUUGAAGAACUCUUGACCAGCUCUGCAGACACCUACGUGAAGGAUACAAAGGAGAAGCUGCACCAGGAAAUGUCCAACUUCAAACACUGCCUUUGCAAACACUGCAGAAGCAAAGGUGAUGGAAUCCAGCUCUUAUUUUUCUGAUCUUGGCCUGGAGGCCAGCAGAAAUAGCAGAUGUUCUAUUUGAGCCUCAAGUAUAUUUGCUUGGUGGCUCUCCGGAUUAUCCUGGUUGUGAUGGACACCCGGAGCUUCAUUUCAUUGCAAGAAGCUUUUAUCUCACCUGGGGGGAAACAUUUAUACAGAACCCUCCUACUUUCCCAGAUGAGAUUCAGUGUCUCAGCUGAAUCCUGUUUGUAGACCGAGCAGAUUUCUCCUUUGUUGAAAAAUCACAGUUGCUUCGCUGUCCAUCUUGCCAGACAGAAUAAAACUUGAAUGCCAAACAGCCACAUUCUCCCCCCCCCCACAAAGCAAAAUGAAAUAAAAAGAAACAAGCAAUCCACUUCCUCAGAAACGAACAAGACAGAAAAAUGACUCUGAGGUGUCAGCCAGGCUGCAGCUGGAAUUGUGUGAUUAUCCACGGAUGUCAUUUUUUAAAAAAAAAAUUAUUUCUUUCUCCCGAUAAGCAGAUGGAUAGAUUUUUUUUUUUCAGCCUUGCAGCAAUGCUGUAGCUUCUGGAAAGAAAAUCAACAUUUGAUUAAUUCAACCAAGGUCUCACCACUUCCCUUUAAUGGAUUUCGCUAGUAGAGUUUCUUCGCUGAUCAAGUUCCAGGAACUUCCUAAAUAUAAUGUAUCUUGGCAGUCUUAAGCACUAGAAGCUUGCUUUCUUAAAAAAGGUGGAAGCAAACAGGACAAAAAGAGAGAGAGAGAGAGAGAGAGAGAGAGAGAGAGAGAGAGAGAGAGAGAGAGAGAGGUCAUUGCUGCAUGGAAGAUCACAGGCUUUUCAUGCUAAUUCAAAGCCAAGCAUGUUCAGAUGAAGCUAGAAAGAUCUUGUCUGUUGGCCUCAAGAUGCAUUAUCAAGUCAUUGUAGAAAAUAACCCAACUUGGUUGUCUAUCUAAUUUAUCCUAGGAUAGUUGAUCUUUAUUAUCCUGGUUAUGAAAGGUAGGAAGGAGAGACUAAACCAAACUAGAAAUUCACCCCUUGAAUUUAUGAGAUGGGAGUCUCCAUAUCAUAAAACAUUGUAGCCCUAUUACUUUCUGUCCUCCUUUGACAUCUUGAUUUGAUGGAAUUGUAGUCUCCAUCUCAAGACCCAUAACUUCCUGUCCUCCUUUGAUUCCUUGAUUUGAUGGAGUGGUAGUCUCCAUCUCAAGUAGCUUCAUAGCCCCAUAACUUCCUGUUCUUCUUGACUUCUUGAUUUUAUGGAUUUGUAGUCUCCAUCUCAAGACCCAUAACCUCCUGUCCUCUUUUGAUUCCUUGAUUUGAUGGAGUGGUAGUUUCCAUCUCACAUAGCUUCAUAGCUCUGUAAUUUCUUGAUCUUCACAGAAGGCAGAAGUUAUGCAUUGAUGUGGUCCCAUCUUCAAGCUACCUACCAAAUGAGGCACCUUGUGGUCUGAUUCUGGGGCAGAUAUGAACCAUUGUCAGAAGUUUUAUGAUGACCCAUUAACUCCUCUUUCACUGAUCUUUUUCCCUAUGGGUGUUCACCAUAAUUUAGUACAUUGGCACUCUCAUCAAUAUUAGUGAUAGCAGGAAGCUCUAGUUUUUUGAUUACCCUUAGGACAGGGGUUGCAUAUUCCAGCUUGAACUAAUCAAGGUUAAAUUGAACUAAUCAUGGUUAAAAUUCAUGAUGAUUUAGAUGAUACUUAACUCUGCUCUUACAACCUGCUUACAAUUAAAGACUUUGCAGUAGUAUUCAUUCAACAUGCUAAAGUUGGGCAAGUCCCAUUUAGGUUGAACAUUUUGUGGCUUAUCCUGUUGGUUACUUUAGAAAUCAGUGCGUUGUAUAUAAACUCAGAAAGUUAAGCUAAUUUCUGAAAUCAGGAUAAAUGUGUUUGCUUAUAAUAGUUCAAUUUCCAUCAACUUUCAUGCAUUUAGAUAUCUGUUAAAUAUUUAAACAAAAAUUAAAAUCCUUUCAAACACCAGAUAGGGUUUAGACUAAGAAGACACUGUAUUAAGAAUCCUUCUUCCAGUACUUUUUUUUUUAAAAAAGAAAGCUAUAUUUAAUCCUCUAUUUUUUGUGUGUGUUGCUUGAGCUUGUUUGUAUUUUGAGUUUGUGAUAUACAGGGUUAAAAGCAUGCAUAUAUAUGCAUGUAUAUUCAAUGUGAAUAAGCCAUACAUUUUUAUUUUCAAUAGUUCAUCAUUCCGGAUUGUAUAUGGUUUUUUUUCCCGUUGUGUUGCUGAAUACAGUAGAUGUGUUCAAGGAUUUUCUUAAAAAAAAAAAAAAAAAGCCUGCCUGUAGCCUUUUACUAAAAUCUGAAUACC